AUGGUGCUCAUGGAGAGCUACUUUUUCUGUGCCUCGGUGCGACUGGGUGUCCUGGUCAUUUGCACCGCUGCCGCCUUGAAAAGCACCCUCAUUAUGUGGGUUAUAUUCACCGAUGGAACAUCUUUCAUCUUCGCGCUGUCUCGCAUUUUGGAAACUCAUUAUAGGACUAGCACUAUUAUUAGGGAAUCGUCCAAAUGGGUGGAACAAUAUCCCAAAGAGCUUAUGAUGUUUUUCCAACUCUACAGCUUUUGUCAUAUUGUAACUUGCAUGUUGGCGGCCUUUGGAGCAUACAAGCUCAAGAAAUACCACGUUAUUCCUCUGGCUAUCUUUGAGUUUUUUUAUACAGUCCAAGUAGUUGUAUUAACUAUUAUUUCCCUUCGGAUUGCCAGACAUAUUGUACCGCUGGCCACCUUAAUUCUCCUCACCCUCGGACUGACAUUUUACGCAAUGCUGGUGGCUUACGACACGUUGCUCUUGAUUGCUUUCGUGCAAGUUAUGUUUCUGGUGCGGAGUGAACGAUACCAACGACUUUACGGUACAGACCCCCUAAAUCCCAUCAUCAAUGGAACUACUCACAAAGAAAUGGCAUUAAAUUACCCGAUCCCCCAACAACCAAUAAUUAUUUAUGUUAUGCCCAGGGCAGGGCAAAAAUUGUGGGGCAUGCCUCAGUCCAAAUGGUGGCAGGACAAAUCAACCGAUGGGGAGAUUAUACAAAAACCACCUCAUGAAGUCUCGUCAGAUUUCUUUCAGAGGCAAGAGCUUUUAUCGAACGUAUUGUUACGCAACGCUAUUAAUGAAGACUAUUUGCAUAAAGAAAGAGUUACGACUUAAAUCAAAUGA